AUGGGUCUUAAGACACAGUUCUCUCUGUUCGCACCAAUGAAGUCAACAACAAGGUUCCUCCUCUUAACAAGUUCGCUACUUCUACUAACAUGCGCCACACACGUAACAUCCGUGACAACAUGCCCACCAUGUGGCAACACCACCGUACCCUUCCCACUUAGCACCACCGCCACAUGCGGCGAUCCAUUAUACAAAAUCCGGUGCAGCUCCACCGGAACACUAAUAUUCGACACACUAAACAACUCCUACCCGAUCGAAUCAAUCGACCCGAAAACCCAACGGUUAGUAAUCCAACCCGCUCCACUUAUACCUAACACGUGCAUAACGACCGAUAAGGUUCACCAAGGGAUCCAACUUAACAAUAGUCUACCUUUCAACAUCACGAGUUCAAAUACCAUUGUUUAUCUCAAUUGUACCCUCUUGCUUCUCCAAUCGCCGUUGAACUGCUCUUCCUCUAGCCUCUGUCAUUCUUACAUCAACGCAACCGCUUCUGUGUCCACGUGUCAGUCCGGUCCGGUUUGUUGCACUUUCCGAACCGGUGGUUCGAGUACCUCUUAUAUGAUUCGUGUUAGGGAUGUCGGUUGUAGUGCUUAUUCUAGUUUUGUUAACCUUGAUUGGGCUCUUCCUGUGGACCGUUGGUCUAGACCCGGUUUGGAGAUUCAGUGGCAGUCGCCUAGAGAAACUGUUUGUGGGUCCCAAACGGAUUGUGAUUCUGCCACGUCGACUUGUAGGGAAGAUGGUUUUUCGUCUAAUGGGAUCAGAAGGUGUUUCUGUAAUGGAGACCUUCUUUGGGACCCUAUUCAUGGGGUGUGCACUCAAACUCAGUUGUAG